GCGCCAUUGAAUUAGCCGUUAAGUUGAGUUCCUUUCUACAGUAUUUACUCGCACUCCUCGUAUUAAUAACCGCCAUUUUAGUCGUCCUUGGUGACUUUUUCGCAGUGUCGAGGGUAGCUCUCGUGAGCUUAGGCUUUGAACGGUCGGAUCGAAGUUUUGGUUUUGCUCUUUCACUCCUUACUGAUAAGGAAUUCGUUUGCAAGAUUGUGGAGAAGGGAAGAGAUGUUGUGAUUUGGCCGUGUUGUUUACAGCAAUGGACGGCCUUUUCACUCUCUUUGUUGGCUUGACUUAGCGUUCUUGCGAGGUCAGUCUUAAGAGAGAACAGCUAGACAGAAAUUUUGCGUGGUAGAAUCAGGAAACGGUUAAAAACUUUAGGAUGUGACCUUCAUUUGGACGGAGCAAUGGAAUUCUUGAAGUACUGCGUUCAUCUUUGUGUGGCACCAAUGUAUUGGACUAUUUCUCUUUUCUGAAAGUUUCUUUCUUGACUUCUUCUAACGUUAGUUUAACGUUAUGGAGAGUCAGUUUGAUGAAUCUUCGAAGGAAGAACCUAUAAAGCCUGCGAAACAUGUACAAUUUAAGCUAAGUAAUGUUGUCACUGAGGAUGAAUCAAAAUUCAUUGAACCUAUAGCUUCUUUGGUCGAUGGCUCUCAAAAAUUAACAACCAAGGGGGAAAACCGAGAGAAAACAGUGGGACUUGAGGCCGAGGAGAAAGCAGUCGAAGUAAGUCCAGAUGGCCGGUUCCUCAAAUUUGACAUUGAAGUUGGCAGAGGCUCCUUCAAAACGGUCUACAAAGGCUUGGACACAGAAACCGGGGUCGCUGUGGCGUGGUGUGAACUUCAGGUAACUUGUUCGUGUACUUACAAAGUACGGAUUGUUUGUUAUCGCUUGUGUGCUGUGUUUUAAAGGUUAGUUAUGGAGUGAUCAGAAGUAAUCAUUUUUUUUUACCUUUAUCUUCCUUUCAAGGACAAAUAUUCAAAAGCCGAGCGAGCGAGGUUCAAAGAAGAAGCCGAGAUGCUAAAGCAAUUACAACACCCAAAUAUUGUAAAAUUCCACGACUCUUGGGAGACCAGAAUCGGGAACAAAGAUAAGAAAAGGGUUAUUUUAGUGACGGAGCUAAUGACUUCAGGAACUCUGAAAACGUAAGUAUAAGAUAAUAUGUUAAAGCCAACUGUGCGGCCGCCAUCUUUUUGCCACGAAUUCAUGUGUUGUGAUAUUUGCAUGGGAAGGAGGCAGGAAAUUAGGAUGUGACGAAACUGUCUUGCGAUGUCUGUAAAUUUUGAAUGAAUUGGCAAACAAAGACACGUUGUUUUACUUGUGUUAACUUAAAAUUUGCCUAAAAUUCGAUUGUUCAUAUAUUUUAAAAGUCGGGCAGUUCUUUGUACAAGCUAACGGACUAUACGUUCGUCAAGGUUAAUCGUGAUCAGUUUCCGGGGUACGUGGUCGUCUUACUUUGACACACACUUCUCGAGACGUUCCACAGUUUUUUGUUCAGAACUCCUUUUUGGUGUAUUGAAUUUUUAAUAGAAUGAUUUCAUAUCAAUGUUUUAUUCUAAAAAUACGAUUUUUGUAUUUGCCCUUUGGGUAGGAAAACAAAUUUAGUGGUUGACUUUGUGGAACUAUUGUAAAACUUGCGUUUCCAACGGCGAGGAAUUAUUGUGUGUUUUACCUAAUAAGAUUCUCAACAUGUUUUCUUGGCUUUGUGUCUAAAAUACCAAAAUACGGAUUAAAAAGGACAUUUUUCUUUAUAUCAGUUUCGCUCGUAAUUUGAGUCGUUUCUCUGAGCCGACUUUGCUUCUUUCGACAUUACCAUUCCCCUCCCCCAAAUACAUGCUCCUUGUCUUUCGAUUUCGUAGAGCCUUAGAAAAACACAGCAGGGCAAAGCAUUUGCGGUUUAGAGUUGCCAUAAGUGUUCGUGUCUCUGAGAUGUAGUUUACCGCACAUUAGUUAAGCGUGCUUUGUAGAAUCGCUAUAGCUUACAGCGAUGGUUACACUCGCCUACCAUGUGACAGGGAUAGUAAAAUUUUUUAUUUUAAAUUAUUUAAAAAAGGUCACGGUCUCUUUUAAAGCUGAGCGCCGUUGUAUUUUAGAAUUUGCACUUAUUAUUUUUGAAGUAUAUAUGUAAGUGAAAUUUUUCUUUUUUAGUGGAUGGUGUAGAUUGACACUUAUUUUAUUUUGCAUCCUUUGCCUAUUUUGUUGGAAGAUAGUAAAUUAAUCUUGCAGUAUUUUCUGGACACAAUAAAAAUGGAUAAUUUAUUAAGGUUAGGUCUUAGCUCUGGACUACAGAAUAUUGCUGCCUCAAAUGUGUGCAGUUUGAUUGAUUGACAAACAUGUCUGGUAAAUGCAGUGAUAUCUUCAUGAUUGAACUCUCUUUCCCACAUGCUUAUUAAUCAAGGAUGUGAAUGAGAUGUAGACAAUUCAUGGUAACAACAAGUUAAUCCAGGAGCACAUUCUGAUAGCUUUAGUUAUGGAUCAUAUUUCUAUUUGUUUAUUGUGGCAAUUGCUUUCCCAAACUCAAACCCAUACAGAUUUAACCUCAUAACCUUUGUAUGGUGAAGAAUUUAACUUUUUCUUGUUGUGUAGUUAAUCCAGAUCUUGUUCUGCAUAAUUUCAUUCUCAACUCAUUCAAGUAACAGAGUAUUCUAGUGCAUGCAAAUGUUUUUUCCAUGGAAAGUAAUCCUCCCAACUAAAACUUAAAGGAUUUUAAAGGUAUAGAAACAAUUAUCAUUAACCUCUUGCGAGCCUAUUUGUCAUGGCCUACAUUAAGAGGUGCUGAAUGGUACCUUUGAAAUUGUGGUUCUGUCUCAGUGACUUGAUCAUUAUUAAAUUUUGAAUUUAUUUGGGGCAGAGUUGGUGUUGUUUUGAGGAAAGAAAAUAUUUAUAUCUAUAAGGGUUAGAUAUAUAUAAUCUUAGUUAAGUUUCUUGAACAAACAUGUUUUGAUGAUGUUGUGUAAGAGGGAUUGUUUUUGAGUCAUAUUAUAACAACUGAAUUGUAGAAUGGAGAUGUAACUAGAUGGAAUAUAAUUUCAGUUACAUUCACUAAUCACGUAGUGUGAAAAUUAUCCCACCAAAGAACUCAGGUUUGAAUUGGAUUUAAAACCAUGACUGUCUUGCUUGGUAGCUUGGUUUUUAUUCUCAGCCCAGUUUGCCAGAUUCCACUCGUCCAAGAGCCCCUUGUUGGCUUGACACUUUGUGUCAUGGCUUCUAAUCCUGUAUAUGAGUUCUUGACAAGCUUCAUUUUCACAGCUAACAGAGUUGAGUUUCUAACUUUAAUGAAAUUGGACUUGGCAGGUCAAAUAUGUAGUUUUCUUGCCAUUCUUUACUCCUUGAACUUUUUUCUUGGGUGGAUCACUCACUCACAUGAUGACAGGCUCCCAGCUGGCUCUGUAGUUUGGGUUUCCCAGUGGUAUUGCAGAAUGGUUCAAAUCCUGUUCAAAUCUCAAUUUUUAUCAGGCUUUAAUUUCACAGCUACUUAGUUGUGUUUAUAAGUGCAAUGAUAUUUCAUGAUUUUGUGGGAAAGGUAUUAUUUGUGCAAGGAACUUGUCAGUCUGGCUGCUAGUCUGAUCAUACAUCUAUGUUUACUGUUGACAUGUGUUCAUUUGUUUGUGUCAACAGGUAUCUGAAACGCUUUAAGGGAGUAAAGGAGAAGAUUUUAAAGAGCUGGUGUCGGCAGAUUCUCAAAGGUUUACUCUUUUUACACACAAGGACACCACCAAUCAUUCAUCGUGAUCUUAAAUGUGACAACAUUUUCAUCAAUGGCACCACUGGUUUGGUGAAAAUUGGAGAUCUAGGGCUCGCUACUCUGAAGAAAUCUUCCUUUGCAAAGAGUGUAAUAGGUGAGACAUCAAUUUUCCCUUUAGACUUAAAAUUCUGUGUUACCUUCUUUAAGUUGAUGUAACAAGGAAUUGAUAUUAAAUUUAAAACACAGCACAUGAGAAAUUAAGCCCAUUUGUGAAAAUAAUUAUAGGAUAGGAUAAGACAAGGAUAAGGAAGCACUUUCAGAUGACUGGAUAUUGGCCAAGUACCUUUUUUGCAUGUUUAUGAACUUAGAUGAAGUCAAGGUCCAUAAAAACAUAUUGAAAGAAUGAGGCUAAUAUCCAGCCUUCUUGGUCAGUAAAUGAUUUGUUAUGUAGCAUAAAGAAUUUGCUUUUACAAGAAUCAAGAAUGAAUUGUCUAUUUUAAAAUUUAGGAAAGAAAGUCAACUAUUUUUGCAGCAUGAUAAACCCACAAGAGUUGUCUAUGUUUUCUUUGGUUUUACUUUCUACUACUGUUUUUUACAGCCCACUGCUGACAUUGUCCAAAAACUGUGCAAUUUUUUUGUUCUUGCACAGUAUUAAAGCAGGCAAUUUUCAUAUUGCCCACAGGCCUUGUCAGCUACAUAAUAAUUGCAGUUAGUAAUUAUUAUUCAUGAUUACAAUAUUCUACUGUGUACUGUGCCACCAAACUCGCAUAGAUUUGAUUCAAAACAGAAGUUACAAAGUACAAAUGGCAUAGGAGGGUGUUCACAUGAUUUCAAGAUCACAACCAGAGAGUGUUUAUUAUCUGUUCAAACUUCAAACCAGUGUACUAUGGCAUGUUAGGUGAAUAGGUCAAAAUAUCUAUUUGGUCUUUCACAGUGUUGAAAUUAGUUAGAAAUAUGCUGAUUACUUACUUUUCAUGCUCUGUUCCUUAUUUCGAGAGCACUUGAUGAGAGUAUCUGUUAUGCUUCAAAUGUUUUCUUUACAUCAGAAUUUUUUUUAUACCAUCAUGAUUUCCCUUUGUGUAGCAUUCACUUUCUGAAACAAAGUGAAAUGGUGUGAAAAAAAAUAAUGCCAGAAAACCAUGGAACCAGAAAGGCAAUUUGGGUGCUUUUUGUUGUGUCUAAUCACAUGGGGGAUAGGAAUAUUUACACAAACCUCUGUGAGGAUCCAAUAAGGAUUAUCAUGCCCAUCAUGCAACCAAAAGCUCCUUUAUGAUUUAUAAAGAAUGCUUUCUGUCUUAGUCUGUAAGCAUUAAGUGAUUUUGACCUCUGUAAUAAAACAAAUAAUUGUUGGUUCAACAUGUACAGGGCAUUUAACAAGAAUAAGAAUUCAAAUUUCUUUUAAAUUUUCUGAGAAAAUAUUUCAACCACUUUAUAUUAACUGAUCCCCAUAUUUUACCAGGAACUCCAGAGUUUAUGGCACCAGAAAUGUAUGAAGAACAUUAUGAUGAAUCUGUGGAUGUUUAUGCUUUUGGGAUGUGCAUGCUGGAGAUGACGACACUAGAAUAUCCGUAUAUGGAAUGCCAAAACCCAGCUCAAAUCUAUCGGAGAGUUGUCAGUGUAAGUUAUCUGUCAUUUGUAUUGAAUGCUGGAAGUUGUCAAAUGAAAUAUAACUGGCUUGACUUGGAGCUUACAUGAAAUUGUUGAAAAUGCCUAUUUUAUUUUGGCUAGUAGGUGUGUUUUAGUGCCUCCUAAAUUAAAAAAAUCUUCUCAUUCUUUCUUAAUUCUGAGUUUGACCAAAAAACACCAUGUCAAUUACUGUUCCUAGAUUUCAAAACCAUGAAUUCUCAUUUGAAUUAUUCACCAUUGACAAGUUAUGUGUCAGUCAAGUUAUAUUAUGAGAACUGGACUGAAAGAGAAAUUGACAGUUUGUGGUUACCAAUUUCAUUUUAAAAGCAUUGAUUAUAACAUAACUUGGAUGCAACAUGCACUAUGCUUGGUCAAAACUCUAUUGAUUAUUAUUCAGGUAAUGGUACAACACAAGAAAUCCCUGAUUUUAAUUUAUUGAAGGCCUUUGGUUCUGUGGAAACAAAGAGGAUGCUUUGAAUGCUGAAAACAAUGGGAAAAUAUUUGUUCUUUUAUCAUAUAUCAAAUUUGCUAUUUACAAUGGGGUUUAAUUAACUGGUUGCACCAUUUUGGGCCUCUAUUUUUUGCUGCAUGGUGAAGGCCUAGGAACUUCAGAAAUUUUUUACUAGAAUUCCCCAAACUGCUGGCUGAGAAGGAAAAGUUGCCAUAUUUUUGCUGUAAGAAAAUUAUAGCAGCAAACUAACAGGAUUUUCUUGCAGAAAUUUAUUGUAAAACUUUUCUAACAAGGGAAUGAAAACCUCUUACAAAGUGAAUGUGCACUCAAGAUUUAUGGGACUAUUCCAUUUCAGGGAUCUCAGCUUUCAUUUGAUAGUUUUUGCCAAGACAAAAUGUUUUCAGCACUUUAGAUAUAAAUUGUGAUAAAGACUCCUUGAAAGCUUUAAUUUUUCACUGUUGUAGCAUUGUCACUGGCUACUGAAGUUUUGAAGUUUUCUUUUUAAAUAUUAAAUGCUCAAUAGUCUAUGAUGUAUGAAUUACCUUGAUCAACAGGGUAUCAAGCCAGAGUGUUUGGAUAAAGUUGGUUCAAAGGAAAUCAGACAGAUCAUUGAGGGCUGCACCAAAGCCAAGAUUGAGGAAAGGUAAAAAAGUUAUUGCAUGCACUUGUAUCAUUUACAAGUGGAAUCAGUUUAUUGAAGCUACAACCUAUGUCACCACACAUAAAAAAUUCUAAGGCCUCCUAGUUUUGCCCCCCAUGCUAUUUGCUUUUUUAACAAACAAAAUUUAAAACCAAUUUUGAAGUUGUUAUACAUUAUUAACAAUUGAAUGAAGUAACAUGUUUUAUUACUAUAAUUUUUUUCAGAUAUACAAUAAAAGAUAUGUUAAACCACCCAUUUUUUCAAGAAGACUCUGGAGUAAAGGUGAAUUUAGUGGAGGCAGAACCUGGCACUGACAGUGAUACCUCCAAAGCAGCUGACAUAGUUAAGCUGUUACUUCAGCUGGAGGAUCCAAAGAAACGCAAAGACAAACACAAACAGAAUGAAGGAAUUCAGUUUGAUUUUAAUCUGGGCACUGAUCAACCAGAGAAGGUCACACAAGAAUUGGUGAGUACAUCUGUUAAUGCCCAGUAGAUAAUUCUAAUCUACAUCUUUGUUUCACAGCAUGAGAAGGUAGGAAUUUUGGUUGUAAAAUGCACUGGGCAAAAGUGGAAGUUUGUAUGGCUGUUUAAGAUUUCAGAACAGAUUUUCAAUUUUGCCUAUGGUAUGUUUGUGUCCAAGAAUUGUUAAUGAUUAUUAACAUGUGAGUGAAUUUAAUUCAAAGGUUGUUUUUGCCACUUGAAGAUUGCCAAGUGAGCUGACUCUAGAGGUAUCAGAGAGCAAAAGGCUUAUUUUUUUCAGUGUGUAUAACUUGCAGAACUGAACAGACAUCUCUCUAAACUAGAAUUUAAUUUUUAACAAAACUUAACAGUGAAACAGAAUUAAAACAAGUUGAAAGGCAGGCUUCAAAAGGAAGGAAGAAGUUAGUUGUUGUUUCUGGUUUCAAACAACAUGAAAGUGGAGGUUAAUUGCUCUGAGUAAGCAUAUAGUGAACUUUGAUGGAACUCAGAUUUAACAAGGUAUGAUAUUUCAGAAUUUCUGUUUUGAAGCAGUCAUAGUAUAAUUGUAUUGAUAUUUACUGAUUAAAAAUGACAUUGACUUUAUGUGAUGAUUAAUCAAGAGUGGGACUUAUGGAUAAAGCAUGAAUUAAAUCUGUGAAUAACUUAUUAUUCACUGGGAUGAAAACAGUUAGGUUUAAGUUCUGGUGUACAAUUUAUUCUCAUUACUAAGCAUUUUAAGUCACUUGUAAAUUUGAAUAGUUUGAUACUUUUACCUAACAUGAUCUUUUGUGUUUCAUUUGGACAGUGUUACCUGAACAGGAAGAUGACCUUUCAGUUUUUCUGAAAGCUUCUUCACCUUUUUCAGAAAUGACACAUGAUUGAUGAUUCUGAAUGGGUAUUUAAUCCCCAAAUAACUGAAUAACAAUAUUCAAUUUUCUCUGGCAAGUUUUUUAACAUACCCUCUGAUGUAAAAGUUUGAAUCCACGGGAAAAAGGUGAAUGCAUGGACAGGCUAAAAUGACACGGUAAACAAUAGGCAGUGAGUAAAAUGACACCAGCUUCGGAGUGUUAUGUCACAUUUGUAUACCAAAUGAAAAUGUUUCAAUGGUAUGCAUUGCAUGUUUAAAAACAAACGCAUGUCUUACAUGGAACAAAGAAGUAUGUCAAACUUGGCACUAAGUGAAAUAGCACACUAGCCAGUGACAUAGCAGGAGCAAUAUGAUGCAAUACUUGAGUGUGUUACACAAAAGCUGCCAUGCCAGUCUUUCUUUUGCCUUUUAAAUGUGUGCAUAUCCAUGAGAUUGGUGACACUCUUGGCGUGCAAUAUCAUCAUUAGCGAAUUUGUGCCAUCACCUUGUUCCCUGUUUUCUGGUAGACAGUCACAUAUGAAUAUGGCCUCUGCUACAUUAAGUUUUGCUGCUUAGCUAUUGCUGCUAGUAGUUACUUGUUUUAUGCACGUUCAUUCCUUUGAGUGUAGGUAUGUAGCAUCACAACAAAUAUAAUAUUAUUUAGUGCCAAGGUUGUUACUUUCUUAAAACUAAUCAUGUAUCCAAUUCAGUUGGUUUCUUGUAUUGCAGGCUUGCCAUUUGUACUAUAGUCAACCUUAAAAAAUUUUUUGAGUUGUGGUUGGUUUUAAUUAACAAGGUUUUUUAAGUUGUUGUCAGUGAAGUUCAGUGUGUAAUUGCACCCUCUUCACUAGUUUUUGGUGCAUUUACUUUAAUAAAAUAAAGAUAUUAUUUGCUCAAAAGAAGGAAGUUGUAUUCUUGUUAUUUUUUAACUAUGUAUAUUUUUUACAGGUCCGACAGGGCUUUAUUUAUGAUGAGGACCAAAAGGCAGUCACAAAGUCCAUCAGGGACCGCAUAGCUCAAGUUAUGCUGAAUCGUCGCAAUGUCAAACGCGAAAGUUUAGGUGAAGACAAGAGAGAGAAAGAAAGGCAGGACGAUGAACACCCCAUGAAGACAGAAGGAGAUGAUAGUGACAAAGAACAGCAGUCACCUGAAACAGAAAUGGAAAAGGAGAAAGAAAAGGACCAGGAGGACCAUGAAGAGAAGGACUACAAGGAAGAACCAGAAUCAUCUGCUGAAGUUUCAGUAAGAAAAAGUAGUUUGGGAAGACGUGUCAUUGAUCCUUUAGUUGAAAGGUUGGAAGGAAUUGCAGAAUGUGGAAGUAGUCCUCAUGGAACAAUUGAUGAGCACACAAUCACCACUGGCCAGGAUAUUUCAGAAAAGGUAUUUUCUAUCGUUUAAUCUUAAAUGCUUCAAAUUGGAUCUUUCUUCUGACACAAGUGUUCAAACAGGUCCUAUUUACAACUACUCGUUUCAGUAGUGUUCUUAGCUGCAAGGAUCUCUUAAUUUCAUCUCUCCACUGCAGUACAAAUAUAUGAAUUUUCAUAUAUCUAAAAUCUUCAUUCGCUUGGAUGUUUAUUUGGACCCAAUUCAUUGACCAGGGUUCAAAUCCCGUACGGGCCUGAAUUUUUUUCAGGUCCUAUUCUCGUUUCAGUAGUGUUCUUAGCUGUGAGGAUCUCUUAAUUUCAUCAACAGGGUCACAUAUUAGAUGCAUAGACAUUGUGAUAAGUUUCCUGUGAUAGAAGUAUUCAAAACAUGUUUGUUGUAUCAGUUUUGUUUGUUUGUUGGCUUUUAUAUUUCCUGGCUCGCUACUUAUGUUUGGAUUACCCUUAAAUUAGCCGUCAGUAUGUAAUUGCAUUCGUAGGAAAAUGGAACAAUUUAUAUAUAUACCAGUUUCUUAAUAGUUGGGGCAGUUGUUGAGCCGUGGUCCAUAACUGUAAUGAAGCCAUUUGUAUCUCCUUUUUUUCACUUCAAUAGAAGGUAGCUGGUAAUGUAGAAGAAUUGAGUCCAGGUGUGGCUUCUGAGGUGGAGCCUGUUUCAACUGUUGCAACACCACCCAUGGUAUGUGCUUGGGGAUGCUUUAUGAUACUACAGUAUUAAGACAAUUUAAAUACUUUGGACCUAUUUUCUGAAUGGAAGGGUCAAAUGGGUAAUUUAUUUGUAGGUUGCAAGGUGUGUAUGUCAUGAAAAAGAGCUAAAUAUUUUUCAACCUAACUUGAACCUGAAUGGACUUUUACACAGAAUUGUUUGUUUGAGUGGGGAAAAGGGACAAAAAAAAAAUCUGACUCUCUGGUGGAGUUUUACAGCCAAUCUUAGCUUUCCUUUUGUUGGUUAAAUGCUCUUUGACUGUUGCCCAUAGAACUCAUCAGUUAUUUGGAAAACCCUGUGAAGGAAUAUUGCAUUUCAUCUCUUGUGAAUUGAUGUGUUAGCCCCAUAAAAAUACUAUGAAGUUUUUCUAUCAUCAAUCAAUGUUCACAAACUUCUCCAAAUAUUUAGAACAUACAAUUAUUAAAUAUAACUCAAUUUCUUAUUACCUUCUAUCCAUGAGGGUUUCCCUCUUUUUUUUAAUUCCUAAACUUUAGUUAAUUUUAGACUUAGUUUGAUUGUAAACUGUGAAGAAUAAUGCUAUCAGUAAUGGUUGACUUGACUUUUUUAAUGCAUUUAUUUUUAGGAGGUAGAGCCUUUGCCUUCACCAGCUCUGCCCACUCCAACUGAAACUACGUUCAGUAGCGGUGUGAUUACUGAAGUGGCAUACAGUUCAUCUGGUUAUGGGUCAAAUACAUCAUCAAUAUCAUCAGUUCCUUCUGCCCCAACUUCUGUAGGCGAGGUUUCAUCCUCUGGAUCUGUGGGCUUUACCACUAAUGGAAGCCAGAGUGCUGCUAUUAUUAAUCUUUCUUUGUCAGCAGCACCUUUAGCAUCAGGCUUGGAGAAAAAAGAUAGCAAAACAGCUGUAAAGCAAGUAAAGAAAGAAAGAUUACCAAGGAUUCAACUGAAAAGGAUUGAAGGGUCUCCAGAGGGUCCUGUGGUUGAGUGCAGCUUUGACACAUAUAAAAACAGUAGGAUAACUUUCAAGUUUGGUAUUGAUGAUGAUGAGCCAGAUGAAGUUUCUGCUAAUAUGGUGAGACAAACUUACGUACGUUGUAGAUAAUGAAAUAUGUUUUUUAAAGUUGUAUACUUUUGGUCUACAAUGACAAUGAAAACUAUUCAAUUAAUGAGUGUCCUUACUAUAAUGAUGAUGAUUUGAUUAAAUGACAGUGUGACUUUUAUUUGUCAUCCUGUAAAACAGCUAAACUGUUUGUCUGCUGUGUGUGAUGUGUUUGCCCCUUUUUAUUUUCCACUUAUUAUACUUAAUUCUUAGCUGUGUGCUAUUUAAGAUUUUGCAAACUGUUGGCUUGGUUAUUCAAAUUCACCGUUAUCACUUGAGGUUACUCAUUCUUAGUUACAGUAAGGAUCAACCCCAACCUGCAUCAGUCUUCGAGGAACGUUUUAUGAAGUUGGUUUGGUACAAUGUAAAUACUAUAUGAAACAACAGUCAUAUCCACUUCAAUUCUUUCCAGGGAAGAAGGGUGGAUAGUUACCGACUUGGUGUAGGAUUACUGUUCAUUAUGUAUGGAGCUUCUUUUAGUAAAAGGUUGUUAGAUCAUAGUUUUGUUCCUGCUUGGUGACGAUAUGUUGUCUUAUUGUCAGAUGGAAGCAGGUCAUUUACAAGAGUGCAACAAACAGCUGUUUGAAGACCAGCUUCGGCGUGUGAUAAUCGAGGCUAAAGAAAGGGUACAGAAAGCUAAGAGCCAACCGGGAACGGAAACUGCGAGUGAAAGGACAGUGCUGGAAACUCAAAUAUCAUCGGAAAGCAUCUCUGUUGGAGUUCCUUCACAGCAGGUAGGGUGUAUUACAUAGUAGUCUGAGGUGCAUUUGUUGGCCUGGUAGAAAUAUGUCGUUGCGUCAGUCAGAACUGGCUAAGUGUUAUGACAGAACAGCACAGUUUGUGAACUCCUUUAAAUUCAAGUCUUCCCUAACUGUAGUAUUUCUUUAAGUUUUCACGUCGGCUUUUACGGUAGUUUUCUCACUUUGCAUGAAAUUGUUUCUUGGCUUACUAUUGCAAAAGUCUAGUCGAGUAUUGUUCUGAAGGUCAAUUAGCAGCCUUUGUAGCCCAUUAAUCAAUGAACGUUUGAUUUCCCGUCUUAUGGUUUCUUAGGCAUACCUUAGAUAUUUGUGGCAGCAUUAAUAAGUAAGAAAGAUUUCCACAAAUCUGCAGUGAUGAGAACACUUUACCAUAGAUUGUCAUCAGUGAUGACCUUCUGUCUAUACCCAAAUUACUGAGCAGAGUAUUUUUGAAUCGUGUAGAUUUUUUUGUCAAAGUAAUCUGGAGAUGUAAUUUUUCGUUAUCAUCUUAUUUUUUAGUCAUUGGAAAGUCCUUUUCCAAAGGAAGUUCCCUUCUUUGUGGACGCUUCUGUAGCUGUUAAAAAUCCCGAUUCAGGUUCAAUUCAGCCUGAAAAUGAACCUUCUGUGGCUGAAAUUCCACAGCCAUCACAGGCAUCACAGCCAGAUGAAAAACAGUCGGCAGUCUAUGAGCAGAAACCUAAUUCUCUUGAACAACUUUCGGAAGGUCCUCAGAAACAACCUGCAACGCUGAUUACAAAGAUAGAAGAAAAAGCCAAACAACCUGUGGUAUUGAAUCCUGUCCCUCAUAAGCAAGUACCACAAACUUCAGAAAUCAGCUCUUCCCCUUCUAGGGAAGAAAGUUUUCAGUCGGGUCAUCAGAUUGAUCAAGAUUUGGAGAAAGGAAAAGAACCACAUUUAGUGGUGGCUGAACCAGCGAACGAAGAACCACAGAGAAGUGAUAACGCACCCACACAAAAUGGUGAAACUUUAAACGGUCAAUUUCCUGUGGAAGUUAUGCAGACGGCAGUGCCUUCAUCUGGAGUUCCCACGCGACGCUUUACUGUGAAAAAAGUUCAAGAUCCCGUGUUAAAAAAUAUGUCAUCACCUGAGGUGAUGACAAAAAAUGAACAUAAAUCACCGCCAGUCCUUAAACCUAACAGUGACGAGAGUGGGGUAUCGUCAGAUGCAUCUAACAAAGAAAUGUCUAGAACUUCAGAAUCAGGACUGAGUCAGGAGCCUUGUGAUCAGACAGAAGCUCAAGAGAAACUAUCAAAAAAAGACAGUGCAUCCCGUCUACAGCUAGAAGCAGCUAGUACAGCUCCGUUGGUAGAUCAAAGACUUGAUAAAAAGUCAGACACUGAACUGCCUUCGCCAUCUUUACAUAACGAUAAUCAAAUGCAAAUUAGUUUUGAUAUUCAAGUUUCAAAGGGGGAAGAACAACUUCAAAUUAUACCAUCUGCAAAUUCUUCAAGGCCACAGACCCCAACAUAUGCUUUUCACCCGGUUGAUAAUUCUAAUUCCGAGGGGCGAUCUUUACCAUUACACCAGGUAAAAUUUGAAUCUCAGAUAUCUGGAGAGGACCUUAAUCCUGACAAGCACAAAAUAGAGUCUGUUGCUUCGUCGGACGAUGAGCUGUCGAUUAGUGCUACAAACGAAAAGGUAAGAGCCACGUCGUCAGCGAGUGAAUAUGUUCAGGGAAGAUUCACCAUUUCCGCGUCAUCCGAUAGGCCUGACACGCCACUCUUGGAGACUUUAGACAAUGCAAGGCUUUCGCUAGCACCUGUAGAUGUAACCCUUUCAGAUGUGACCACUGCUGCAGUUAUGGGAUCAGUUCCAUCUCUAACUCCCAGCUCAUCUAUGGAAAGCCUUAACUCAGUGGGCUCUCAGCCAGGUGCAAUGACUUCCCACACGUCCUCCAGUUCACCUCAGACAACUCCACUGGAGGGACAGAGCUCAAAUAGUCCAUCUGCAGCUUCUAGUAAAGACCCAGUUAGAAAGAACAGUGGCCAAAGCGAUUUGCUCUUUGAUGGCGCUAGACAUUUACUGGCAAAGCAAGAGGGAGAUCAGGUAUCAAUUGUAACGUAAUUGUGUAGCCUGGACCUGUGACCUGAGGUGUUGUUGGUAUACUAACUGAUCUUGUCCUUUCAGCUCUGUGGCUUAUGACCAGUUCGUUAAUCUCUUAGGUCGUUUUACCAGCGUCUCAGGUCAGUUCGCUGGCCUUAUGACGUUGGUGAAACAACUUAAGACGUCAGCGAACUGGUUACCUCAUGAAUUCACGAGGAAAAAUUAAUGAAAAGCUGCAUUUCCGGGUAACCCCUUAAGAUCAAAGAGUGUUUUUACAGGAACUGGAGAAAAUGAUCAUCUGCCUUCGUUCAGACUCAGAGUUUGUCGAUAAUAACUCAACGAAACAACAAUAAAAACAGCAAUUUUUAUCUGCUUUACAUAUACUCAGAAAUACGGAAAAAAGAUUGAUUAAUUCCAGGUAAGAUGUGGGCAGGUAGAGAGCGCACACGGCUUCUCUGAAAUAGUAAAUGUUACAUAUGCUAACACGAAGAAGCUACGCCUUGUGAAAAAAAAAAACGAAACAGAAAAAAAGGAGGAGGAAAUAGGACAGAUGCACUACGUUUAGUCACGUUAAUCGCAUGGAGAGUUCUCACAACUUCUAUAAGCAGUUUCUUAUUAUUUCUCAGCAGAGGAAACCAGUACUGAAAACGAAGUCGCUGCAUUCCCAAAGCGACUUUGAACAGCGACUACAUCGACUACAUAUCUCGUUAGACUUGACCAUUGAGGAAGAUGAAGAGUUAAACAAACUCCUUGCAAGGUGCAGUGUUUGUCUUCCUACUUCGAUAUCCUGUAAAGGGCCUAGCGUUUGUUCAAUUUCAGCCUUAAUAGUGCUAUUUCAUAAUCGCGUGUAAUCCACCAGAAAACAGAGAAGAGAUUACAGUCAAGUUUAAUUUGAGAUAGGUUUUUGAAGAGGAAAUUUUCGAACUUUAAGGUUCAGAGUGUGAAUUUGAUGUUCUGUUUCUCUAUCGCAAACUAUAUCAGCGAACUUUACCAGUACGUUAAGGAUUGCGAGGAGGAUAAUUUUACAUUUUUCUUUUUACUCCUACCCGAAGUUCUUCGCCAUUGUUUUUCCUUGUAAGGGUAUCGGGUCAUCCAGUUAUGUAGGAUACUAAAGUUGAAUACUGAGUUUCGAAGGUAAUGUUACCUCUUUAGCCCUUCUAGAAUGACUAGCAUUUAUCUUCUCUUAAGAUAACACCCCUGGAUCACAAAUUGAAGUCGCGAGAUUGAAGGAAAUGAUAACCAACUUAAGAAGCUCUAGAUUGUUCAACAAAUUCUCUUGUCAGUACCAUAGAAAAUGUAUGGAGAACACUAUGGAGAAUAUGCAUAGUUAUGUUAGGGUGUAAAGGGUGAAGGUCGUGCAGUUAAGAAGAUGCACAUGGCGAAAUCGGUCAAGUCUUCAUUUAUGAUGUACUGUAAACAGUUUGGCCAUCUAUUUAUGCGGACAAAUUUUCGUGGGACUCACGUGUAACUUUUUUCGCCAGGCAACGCAAAGACAAAGAAGAGCUGGAAAAAAAACACGAGAAAGAGUUAAUGCAAUUUAAAAAGAAAACUGAAAUGAAGAAACAACGACAACACCAGCAACGCACACAGCAGCAACAGCAACAAUUGAAAGACGCUUUUCAAGCUCAGAUGAAAAAAGAGAGACAGCAGCAACAGCAACAACAGGGCGCAACACAUCAGCAACCUCCACUUCGUCACAAGAGUAGUACAGAGGAAGGACCAGAGUACAAUGAUCAUUCUAAGAGUAAUGGGUGCAGCGCUGAAAUGUCGGCUUCCGCGGCCUAUGCAAACGUUCCAAAAAAGACUUUCUCUGGUAUCGAUAAGGAAAUCGAACAAUUAGCGCAGUUCGAGAGCAAGACAAAGAAAAAACCUACGUCUUCUGCUGUUGCGGGCCAGGCAACGGGAGGAAAAGUGGAACCAAAAUUGAGUUUGAAUCAGAUCAAAGUGAACCAGCUUCAGCGAGAGGUACCAAUACAAACAGCUCCAACCCCAGGACCUUCAAGAACUGCAUCGCAGGUGGUUCCCCAGACAGCGGUCUCUCAACAACCUAUCGGAGCUUUCCCUAGCACAUUUUCGAACUUGCAGGCCCCCCCUCAGGGCUCUCAAGUUCCAGUUACAAAUUAUAGUGGCGCUGUUAUGAAUGGACCUUGGCCCAAUGGGCCGGAUAAUGUUCAAUGGGCUGCCAAUAUGGACGAACACCAGUGGCAUCCAGUUGGAGAGCCUCAGCCCCCGUGGCCAGUUCCUGUAAACGCUAGCUCGAACGCUAGUGGACAGUACGUUGUAAGAAUGCCACAGCCAUUUGCACCGGCUGCUAAUGUGGUGGGUCAACCAUAUCCAGUGCAAUCUGCGCCACAUCAACAAGUGCCCCAUCGGUAGUAUAGCAAACAGAGAUCUAAUGAGUCAUAAGUGUAAAGUGGUACAAGUUGACGACAAUCAAACUUUGGCCUAGCAUAUGCAAUUAGAAUAAUGAUAUUGCUUUUUAGUAUACAUACCCAUUGGCUAAUGUUGAAUUUCAGUUCAGUCUCUAAACAAACCGUAAAGGCACUGAGAUCAUGCUUUUCCAUCGUUAACAGAGUCUUGCAGAAGAUAUAAAUAACUGAGUAAAAGACGAGUCCACCCUACUUUGGGAGGCACCGAGAUGGCAGAAAUUCACCAUUCCUUGGCUAUGCAUAUGAUAAUUGGCUAUUUUCUUGUUCGUCUUAAAUUUAAAUGUACCUCUUCAAUUCAUUACAAGUAACAGAAGCUACUUUAAUUUUGUAUCGAAAAAAUGUUGUCUUGGUUUUGUAUGCUUCAGCUGUUAAGUGUCUUCAAAGAAAGCAAAUAUUCCAUUUAUUUAGGGAGAGCUUGAAACAGUUGAUAGCCUGUACACUGGUAAGCGAACUAAGAGUAAUCAAGGCUACCCUUCGUAAGGUCGUUGGCGCUUACCAGGAAUAUAAAAAUGAAUUGUAAUUUAUAUGUUACAAGAAACUUGUUUACUAAGUUUGGUCUAUUUUUGUUAGUGGCAAAGGUAUUGGAGAAAGGUUUUACCUAGCUUUAACCAGGUAUUACCAAUUAUUUUUACUUCACAUAGAAAAAAAAUGGAACGAAACAACAUUUAAAGCAGGAUAGAGUGUAAAACUCACAGAACUCGUUUUCUUCUGGUUAUUUGAUUUUAUUUUGAAGCGGGUGCUUACUGACUGAUGACGAUAUUCGUAGUAAUUUCGGUUUAUUUAUCUUUUAAAUGUUUGUUUCGAAGGUACAAGCCACAUUUAAAAUUUAAGAGCGACUUUUAACUUCACACGACUUACGCACGACGCAAAGAGAGUGAGCUGUAAAAGUUGAUUGCGGCAAAAUAGUGUCUAAAUCUGCCCCAUUUGUUCUCGAGACCAACCAAAUUCUGAGUUGGCUUUGGCAAAUUUUGGUUCACUGAAGUGGUUUUCAGCAUAUCAUGAAGGUGUUAGAAUGUUAUUAAUGAAACUGGUGCUCAUCUAACGAAUUCCGAAUUACUUGUCUUGGAAAAGAAAGACCUGUGACACACAAAGGCCGGGCGGUGGUAUAUAAAUUUUUUUUUUUUCGGCCAGUUGUGAAAGAUUUAAUUUGUUGUAUGGCCCAAGUUGAGCAAAAUAGACAAGCACUGUGGUGUAGUCGUAGUUUUCGUGGUUACUAAUUCAGAUAAUAUAGGCAAAUCUUGCACCGAGCGUAUCGUUGGGACUGAAGUAGGAAGAGUGUGUUAUGUUGUCGGUGAAGAUCUCAAUUGAGAUCGAGGUUACCAACCACGUCUUCGGAAGUAAUCUCACUCGAAGACGAAGUUACUUUCACCUAACUGUUUUUCCAUUUUCUACGAUUUCGAAGUCCUGCUGAGGAUGGUUUAGAGUUUCGUCUUUCAUUUUAAUAAAUUCCUUCAAACGUU